UGGGCUCGGCGCGGGGUUUCCUGUGCGGUUCCGUGCUCCUGCACUGCCGUGCCCCGCUUGGUUCACGGCGCUCCUGGUUCCGCCAUGGCGCUGAGGAGGGGUGUCCCGCCGGGCCGGCGCCCUCCCGCAGCUAAGGCUGGAGGUAUGAGAGUGUCUAAAAAGCAAGAAAAUGGACCUGUUGAGAAAAAUGCUAAACCUCCAGGAAAAGACAAGUCAAGUGCUAUUGUCAGUUUUGCAAAACCUCAGAACAUGAGUGUCUUGGUAGCAGAAGCAUUGAACAAAGAUGUACUUGCUCAGCCUGUUCCUCUCCAUGUGGUAUGCAUAAAUCUGCAGGUCAUUUCAAGCACAGUAACCUCUGCCUGGCAUAUAAGCCCCAAAAGUCCUGGCACCCUCCAAAACCAACAAUUGGAAUAGUAGAUUAAGACGAGAAGCCUGAACUAACAUAAACAACACUGAAGCUGAGCUGAAGAAGGGAGGAAGGCUGAUUUCUAAUUUCUCUAGCCCCCAGCAUGUAUGUAAUUCAAUGAACACUGCUGCCAUUGUAUUUCAGCAUGGUCUGAUUCCUGUUUUCCUAAAAUAAAAAAGCUACUAGAAGCUUGCGUGAUAAGUGUGGGACUGAGGAGAGCCAUAACCUUUGUGAGAAGAAAGAAGAAAAAGAAGAAUUUCAGAGGCUAGGAAUGGAUAAAUCAUCCGAACAAAUGAGUGGAAGGAGCAGAGGGCAGAGCAGUUAAAGCAGAAGAACAGCUGUGAGCUAAAUUCUUCCCAAAAGGAAGCUACAGAGGAGAGCAAAAAUCUUUACGUUCCUGGUAUCAAAAGCAUUGCUCUACUGAGAUAAAUAGGGAGCUGCUAGAAUAGACUGUGAGCUUUCCUGUGAAGCAGGAGCACCUAAAUCCGUCUGACUGUAAAAACUAUUUCAAAACUUUUGGGUUUGUAUCUAGAGGAAGAGAGUGCGAGCACUGGACCUGCUGAGGAAUUGAUCCCACAACAGUGGAGUAAUGGCUCAGUUUCUUGUCUCAGAUUUCAGAGACAAAGACAAAUUCAUAAAAUGCUGCCCAAACUUUGACAUUUCCUCUGAGAAGGAAAAUUCCUUUAUUUCCAGAUAUAGGCCUCAUCAUUUUGCUGCCAAAAUGUGGGGAAGAGAAUGUGAUUAAGAGGAUUCUCCACUGGAGAAAAGACACUUGUGCUGCUGGCUGAGGUGCACACAGCAUCCUCCCCUUGUUUAGGAACCAAUCUUCAGCUACCAAGCUGCUGAAGUGAGGGUGAAAGGACAGUAAUGUCACUAAUUGCUGUAUUGUCACCCUGAGCGUUCCUCUGCCCUUCUGACACAAAGCAAGGCAGUUGUGGCCAAUGUUCUGCAGAGAAUGUGCUGCUUGUGUGUCAGCCUGGCACUUCUUUCUGAACGCAUACAUGGAUUGUCUUGUGCUCCUUACAGACAUGUUGGAAGACAUUUUGUGAAAUGCUCGUGUAGUGUAGAAAACGUUCUAGAAUACUGUGGCACUGUAAUUUUGUGGUUAAAUUCAGAUUUAGUUUGUCAUGAUGAAUUACAUAUGAAAAUUAGAGUUUGCACAGAAAACAGC